CUACACUGCAAAAACCAGGGUGUUAAAUAUUCAACACCAGCAUGGAAUAGAAAAAUAUCAACACCCUUGGUGUUCAUUUCAUGUCCGAUUGGCGAAAAAUAACACCAACGGUGUGAAAAUAUUCAAUUACAGGCUGAUGGUGUCAUAUUUGGUGUUAUAAAAUCGCACAUGCGCAUAAGCUAGAGAAUUCGACGAAAAUCAUUGGACGAAAGUUGUCAUAUGAUCCGAUAUGCGCCUCUGCAGCUGCGCGCGCACAGCUAGACGAGAGCAUGUGGCUAGAGAAUUUCACUGGCACUGACUUGAAGUCUUGAUUCUGGAGUAGUAAUUCUUCAAAUUAGGCCUAGAUUCUAGAUGUGAAGUGAUCGAAGUGCAUGCAACCAUGCCAUUAAGCGUCAGGGUCUGUUCAGCGGAUCGAAGUAUUAGAAAAUACCUGCCUAUAGAUCCAGAAGACACAGUAGGAUUCUUUGAACUCAUCAGAAGAAAAUUCCACAUAAGGGAUGGGGAAGAUCUCGUACUUGUGGAUGAACAAGAAGGGUUUGGUAUAGACGAUGACGUACUAGGAGAUGUGGUGACCAGCAAUCCCACAGUCGGCCUCAUGGUGCUAAAAGAAGAUGAAGAAUGGUCUGGUUCAGAUGUACAUAGCAUCACAAGUGCAGACACUAUCAAGGUGGAUACCAGCUCCUCUUCCCUGAGUAGCUCAGAAUCUGAUUCAAGUUUUUGCUCCAGUAGAAAGAGGCCACGAUUAAAUGCCCUCAGUGAAUCAGGUGCAAUCACUGACAACUCUUGUGAGUUUGUACAAGAAAUUUUGCGGCACAGAGGUGAUGCCAUUCUCCGAGAGUAUGAAUUGACUGGAGCACUUCAAGAUAAAACUAGACGGCAGAUGAUUAACCUUUUGGUAGCCCACAUGCAAGAACACUAUGGCAAACAUCCAAAAGCAGCUAUGAAAACCAAAUAUGCCAUGGGGAUAGUGAAUCUGUUUCCAAGACUCAAGGAUCCGUUUACUAGCACAGGUCAUGAAGCUUAUUUUGAUGCAAGAAGUAACACGGGAUUCCUGGCUGCUAGAAUAAAAAAUGUUAACCGCACAACAGAGGAGAAGACAUCCAACCCAUUACCCAAGCCAUCAAGCAGAGAUGGUGGUCCUGGGAAGGUCCGAGAAGGUGACCAAGAAUCUGCUCCAGGCUGCACCUAUGAUGAAGACCUCAACUGGUUACGACACUGUCCAACAUUAGAACGUGAUUCUACCCUGGUUGUUGAAAAGAUGAAAUCCACUUUUCCUGUUAGACAGCAUAUGGUCAGGGACGGACGCUCCGCAUCGGAUAUUUUGGAACAGUUUCCUUUUGAAACUGUUCCAGGUUUGAUUGAGGUAGAUUUUCGGAAACUUUUUCCUGAAAAUCACUCGCGUUUCCUGACCAAAUGGCCCGAGUUGAAGCCCAAGGUUGUUACACUUGCAAGACAACUUCUGAAGCAGAAAGGAAACUUGACAGUGAUGGAGCUUCUGUCAUCUUAUGACAGUUCUGAUCAAAAUAAAGAAGGAUGGAAUUCCAGCACAUCUGCUAUCCUCCUCCUCUUGUGCCUAUUGCCUCCUGCAAGCCAAGGGAAGUCCAAAGCUGCGUCAGCAAAAGUGUCCAUUUCUUCAGCUCUCUCGAGGGUUAUUCAAUUUCAGAAGACAGGAGGGAGUAUUCAAGCAUUCCUCGACAACACAAAAGAGACCAAGAGUCAACCGUUCCUUCUGGCAAUUGGCAAUUCCAAGGCCCGAAUCACCAACUACAUGAUCAUUGUGGAUCACAAGGCCAUUCCAUGUUCGGCACGCACGGUCGAAGCAGCAGUAGAUUUACUCUUCAAGACCCACUUUGUCUUUGGCCUGCAGUACUGCUUGUCUCUGCGGCAGUUCUGGACUUUUGUCCAGACUGCCAUUUUUGAAAUCGAUAUCGGAGUGUCCCGGGAAACACCAAGAGUACGUGAAAUUAGAUCGAAAUUGUUAGCACCAUGAUUUGCUUCAAAUGCCACAAACAGUUUGCAAUACCCAAAUUGGUUCAACAUUUGAGAUUGAAACAUGGAGUUAUUGAAGAUGGUAAAGAAGUAUUGACCUGUGGGCAGGGAGCUUGUGCGAGAACAUUUCAUACUUUUCGAGGAUUUCGGGGACAUUUGCAGACUCACCUUAAAACCGAUUUUCCAGAUAAUAAAGAGCAGUCUAAUGAAAAUGAUAAAGUGAGUGACUUUCCUGAAGAAAGUCUUGAAAGUCUUCAAGAAUACAAUAUUAAUAAUGAUGAGAUUGUUGAAGAUCAGGAUGUAUAUGAAGAUGACAUUUUAUCUGUAGAUACCUUGAACAGGCAGUGUGUAAAUGUAAUUUCAAAAUUUUCAGCAAAUAGUGCAAACUCUGGAAAAGUUGUAAAUGAUGUAGUAGAAACAACCAGUGCGAUUGUAGGUGAUGUAGUAAAAAGUGCAUCGGCAGCCGUUACAGCUGCUUUCUUAAAACAUAAGCUGCCUAUAGAAUCCGAGGCUUAUAAGGAGAUUCAAACACAUUUUGCUAUGCUUGAAAAGCCCUUUGAAAAUUUGAAUUCAGAAUAUAAGCGGACAAAGUAUUGUGAAUCAAUUGGACUUGUUGAACCA